AUGGCGAAUGUACUGGAGGUUCGUAAUCCGUCUAUGUCUGGUGAGAAUCGACAACCGGCGGCGACUCUGCAAGAUCCAAACUUAAAUCCUCUCUACGCUCAUAGUGCCGAUCACGCUGGUAUCUCCCUUGUCUCUGAGAAACUAGCUGGAUUAGGUAACUUCAAUACUUGGCGUAGAUCGAUGCUUAUGGCUUUAGGAGCUAGGAAUAAAGCUGUUUUUGUUAUUGGAACCUAUCCGGAACUAGCUGAGGAUCAUCCUGAUUAUCCAUCGUGGUCUCGUUGCAACAAUAUUUUGCUUACUUGGAUUGUUAAUGCUGUGGAGAAGAAGAUUGCCAAGAGUAUCAUGUAUUUGGAUACGGCUUGCCAGAUGUGGUUGGAUAUACAUGAUCAGUUCAAGCAAAGUGAUGGACCACAGACUGCAGAGAUAAAGCAACAAAUAUUUGCUGAAGUACAAGGAUCUCAGAGUAUCAGUGACUACUAUACGAAGUUGAAGCAGCUCUGGGAAGAGUUGAAGAACCAUGAGAGUCCAUAUACUUGUUGA